AUGUCUAUUAACUCUGUGUUUGUGGUUAUGCCUUCGUCAUACAGGGAUGUGUUUGAUAUGGCUAAAUAUGCCGAUGCUGUCAACUUAGCUCUGGGCACAGUAGCAGCCGUAGUUUCUCUCGCUCGUAGUGCUGCUUUGAAACAAGAAAGUGUCGAUUCCUUCAGCGAGAAAAUCACUGCAGUGGAUUCUAUUCUAUUCGCAAGGUACAACAAGGAAUGGGAAUUUGCUACUUUGCUUUUGUCCUUUCAAUUAAUUAUUGUAGCAGUGUGCUGGCUGGUGUUUUAUGGCUUUAUACUGUACUUCCUUGUGAAUCAGACGGGUCUCGAGUUCUUGCUACCUGGCUUCUAUAUGCAUAUCAUAAGAACACUUACCGUCUUACAGUUCAGCGACAUCAAUAUACUUUUAGCAAGAAGAUUUAGAGCCGUUAACAACUGGCUUAUCUAUUCAUUCAAGAUCGAUGAUGAGAAAAAACUCGAUUCCGGCAUACUGGGAACACUUGAAGAUUUGUAUCGUCACAAUGGUAAUGGACAACCCUGGACUGACUCGUUAGCGAUCUUUGCUGAAUAUCACUUUAUGCCAGAAAGUACGCACAGACUGGUAAUACAGGACAGACUUAAAAGAAAUGCGGCUCUUGGAGAUACUACACGCCUUACGAGUGUCAGAGUGAUGCAUUUUAUCCUAUGUGACGUCAGUAAGAGCGUCAGCAAUGCGUAUGGCGUCCAGAACCUUCUGGAAGUGGUGAGCUGUUUUGUGAGCACAGUUAUAUAUCUAUACAUGACGCUGGUUACUUUGCUUAACAUAAAGGACGUCUGGUUGGGACACUCCAAGUUAGGUGUGGUGAUGAUGUACUCUGUGUGGGGUCUCUACCAGCUGUUACGGGUCGCCCUUAUAUCCUGGUCUGCGAGCGCUGUGGCGAAAGAGGCAACUAGGACAGAACAGCUGGCACUGAAGCUGCAGCUGCUGGCUCGCGACAGAGUGCGCGUGUUACAGCUGCUGGCAACGCAGGCGGCUCGCGUCCGUCCCAGCUACACUGCAGCUGGGUUCUUCACUCUGGAUCUGCCACUGCUGUACACGUUCUCUGGCGGGGUCGCAGCUUACCUCGCCAUCCUGGUGCAGUUCAGUUUGUCCGACGCCUACCAGCAGCGCAGUUUUGCUAACGUAUCCACUGUUGCCAAAAUUUAA